GCAAACCGUCUGGUGCACUGCAGUCUAUGAUUCACCUUUCGCCUGGAAAUAAAAACAGUUUUCAUUGUUUGAAAAAUAGCGUAGGCUACGCAUACAGCACAUUCUCCAUGAAAAUAAACAUUGGUGAAGGGAAAACUUUUCGACGUCCGCGCGUGGUCAAGGAAUUGUCAGUUAUGCUGUCAAGAGGACAACUCUGAGAUUCGUGACGUUCGUGCAUUACCUCAAACAGAGAUCUGCAGCUGGUCUCAAUAAGGAUGACAUUGUCCAACAAUCAGACCUGGAGGUAACGCAAGGACGUCAGUCCCCCCUUCUCUCUGCAUCUGAGAGUGGAGAUGGUCCACUGGGCCACACAGUGGUUGACAUGUGUCUGGCUCCAGACUGUCCUGACCUCCACAUUGGACACCUGCCCCUCCACAACCCCUAGCCCGGUCAACUUCUCUGUGGUCUACACCAUGCCCUUCUUCCAAACAAAGAGCCCCAUCCAAAACAUAGUGACCAACUCAAUGUACCAGGAAGUGUAUGUGGCAUCUCAGAAUGUGAUUGAGGCUGUGAACAUGAGUUUGGAGAAGGUGUGGGAGCUUUCUACAGGCCCAGUGGGCGGCCCUGAGUGUAAGAUUUGUGAUUUGUGUGACGUUGACAAGGAUCCCAACUUCCUAGAGAACACUGACAAUGAGGUAUUAUUGUUGGAUACAUUCUUUAUGUAUUUAUACUCUUGUGGGAGUUCUCAAUAUGGUGUAUGCCAUUUCCACCAACUUAAGACAGAUGGACAACCACCCAAUAAGAAUUCAUCUAAGUGUUUAUUCAGAAAAGAAUCUAACUCUGCUGCCUAUUGCCCUGACUGCCUUGCCAGCCCGCUGGGCACCAAAGUCACCAUGGUGGAGGAGGGACAGACUGUAUACUUUUUUGUGGCUUCCACUGUAAAUGAUAGCAUGACACAGAGAUAUGACAGGAAGUCCAUAUCAGUGCGCCGACCAUUGGCGUCAGAAGACGGUUUUUACAAUGACGUGCGGGGACUGACCGUUCUGCCUAGCCUGCGCAGGACCUACAACAUUGAGUAUGUCUACAGCUUCUUCACCCAGGAGUUUGUCUACUUCCUGUCCAUCCAGAGAGAGAGCCCUGACCAAGAGUUCUCCCCGUUUCAGACGCGGCUGGGCCGCCUGCCGAGGAAUGAGUGGGAGAUGAGGAGGUACCGGGAGGUGGUUCUGGAGUGCCGGUUUGAACCCAAACGGAGGAGAAGGAACACGGUAAGCGGGAGUGAGGCCUUUAAGGAUGUGGUGUACAACAUGGUGCAGGCCGCCCACUUUGGGAAGGCAGGCAGUGAGCUGGCGGAUGAACUUGGAGCAGAGGAAGAGGAUGACAUCCUGUAUGGAGUGUUCGCUGUCACAGAUGACAAUAGGGUCACAGAGCACGACUCAGCCCUCUGUGCCUUUCCAAUGGACAACGUGAACAAGGCCAUCGAUGACGGGGUGGAUGACUGCUGUAAGUCUGGCCCAGAGCAGCUGUCCCGGGGACUUUGCCACUUCCAGGCCUGCGAGAGCUGUCCUCAUGAGAGCAUGGAGAACAACGCCACCUGCAGGGACCACCCCACCAUGGUGUCUAAGCCCUAUUACAGAGUGGACCUCUUCAACAGGCAGAUGAAUGACAUCCUGCUCACCUCCCUGCUUGUCACCACCAUAGAGAACAAGACCGUGGCACACAUUGGCACCUCCACUGGACGGCUCCUCCAGCUUGUUUUGAGAAGAUCAAGCCCUAUUAUCUUUGCCAAUUACACCUUGGUAGAGAACCAGAGGGUCUCCCCAAUUGCUGCUGUGUACUCGUCAGAAUCUCUACUGUUUGUGGUUGGAGACAAGGUGAUCCAGGUGCCUCAGAGGGGGCCAGGCUGCCAGCACUUCAUGACCUGUGCCAUGUGCCUGACAGCCCCUGAGUUUAUGGUCUGUGGCUGGUGCUCUGGAGAGUGUUCCUGGGAGGAGGAGUGCAGUGGCCACUGGAGGAACGAGUCUUGCCCCCCUGGUAUUACCGGGUUCUUCCCUAAGACAGCUCCCCCUGAUGGUCAAUCAGAGCUGACUCUGUGUGGCUGGGAGUUUCAGUCUCCCCUGAGGCCUGCCAUCAGCUCCAGAACCCACCUGGUGAGACUGGGACAGACAGCCUGCGCCGUGCUGCCACUGAAGAGCAACAACACACACCUGGUGUGUAAGAUCCACUCUGGGCCCAUUGAGCUGUCCACAUCAGUUAACAUCACUGUGGAGGUGCAUGAGGAGAAGAUAGAGGGCUGCUACGCCAUCGACGGGAAAUCAGAAAUGCCAGGAUUUACCUUUGUGAUUCCCAACAUCACAGACAUCCAGCCCAACUACGGGCCUCGUGUUGGGGGAACUCUGAUUACUGUGACUGGGCCUCACCUGGACGCUGGGAAGAACAGGAGGGUCACUCUGAAUGGAGAUCCCUGCCCAAUCACCAGUGUCACAGCGCCCAGAGGGAACAUGUCCUCCAUCAUCUGUCUGUCUCAGCCCAUCGCGGAGGUGAGGGACGUCCCCCUCACUGUGUUCAUAGACAAGUCCCCUGUCCUCACCACCAAAGUCUUCUACUACAAAGAAAACCCAGAGGUCACAGCUGUCCUCCCAGACUGCAGUUUCGACAGGGGCUCAAAGAUAAUCAUUGAAGGGAAGAACUUGGACUCUGUUUACAGGACCAUCAUCCGCUUUAAGCCCAAUGAGGGCCACCUGAAGCCUGUCAUCAGAGUGUGCAAAGGCAAGUCUUUGCCUACACGGAUGGAGUGCAUAACUCCUGCUCUCCUCCGGGAAGAAACAGAGGAAGGGGAGCUCUCCUUUGAUAUGGAUGGAGCUGUUGGACUGUGGAAUGGAGAGUUCUCCUACCACCCCUAUGGCGAGCCCAUACCCUUUGAAACUGAGGGCCAUGUACUUAGGCUGUACCAUGGGCAAGAUGAAGUGUCACUGCAUCACCAGAAACUGAACCUUGUGAGUUCCUGCAUGACAAUCACUAUGACAGUGGGAGGAGUGGAUUGUGACGCGAAAGUCCUGGACAAUGAAAUCACCUGCAGGAUCCCCAGAAACGUAACCAUCAGUGAAGGACUGCCUGUGAAGAUCUCCAUCAAUGGGCAGGUUCACAACGUUGGGGCUGUGGUCCUGGUCAGUAAUCACUACAUGGUGGGCAUCGUACUGGGGAUACUGGGGGCCCUGGUGGCGGGGGCUGUGCUGGCCUUCGUAGUCAUGAAGCACCUGAGGAAGCAGAAGAAAGACUCUCAGGUGGAGACCCGUUUGGCCCAAAACCACAACAGCAGUAGUCUGGAACUGUCAUCUGUAGCUGACUACAGAAGAGUAGUCCUGCCUCAGAGGCCAAGUUCGGCUCUGGGAAGCCCAGUGGUGUUCCCCAGUCUGGCCUACCCUGCAGGCAGAAUGGACCCCACACUCACCCCCCUCCUACCCCCUGAGAAGAUCUCCAUCUCCAGCUUCAGACCAGAGCUCCUGGAAGAGGUGAAGGAUGUGCUGAUCCCAGCAGACAUGCUCAUUGUCCAGCAUUGCCAGAUCAUUGGCAAGGGUCACUUUGGCACAGUUUAUCAUGGCUACUUCACAGACCACAACAACAGAGAAAUCCAUUGUGCUGUCAAGUCAUUGAACAGGAUAACAGAUGUAGAGGAGGUAGAGCAGUUUCUGAAGGAGGGCAUCCUGAUGAAGGGGUUCCAUCACACCAACGUUCUCUCUCUGCUGGGCAUCCUGUUGCCUCAGGAAGGGCUACCCCUGGUGGUACUACCUUAUAUGAAACACGGGGACCUCCGCCACUUCAUACGCUGUGAGAAAAGGAACCCCACAGUGAAGGACCUGAUUGGCUUUGGGCUUCAGGUUGCCAAGGGGAUGGAGUACUUAGCACAUAUGAAGUUUUUGCACAGGGACCUUGCUGCACGCAACUGCAUGCUGGAUGAGUCGUACACCGUGAAGGUGGCAGACUUCGGCAUGGCCAGGGAUGUGUUUGAUAAGGAGUACUACAGCAUUCAGGACCACAGGAAGGCUAAGUUACCAGUCAAGUGGAUGGCCAUCGAGAGCCUCCAGACACAGAAAUUCACUGCCAAGUCAGACGUAUGGUCCUUUGGGGUGUUGAUGUGGGAGAUGUUAACGAGAGGAGCAAGCCCCUACCCAGAGGUGGACCCCUAUGACAUCACACAUUACCUACUGAAGGGCAGGAGACUCCCCCAACCACAGUUCUGUCCUGACCCUUUGUAUGCCAUCAUGCUGCAGUGUUGGGACCCAAACCCAGAAGUGAGGCCCAGCUUCACCACGCUGGUGUCUGCUGUCCUGACCAUCCUGUCUGGCCUGGAGGGGGAGCACUACAUCAACCUCAAGGUCACCUAUGUCAACCUGGACCAGCCACGCCCCUAUCCCGCCCUCACUGAGUCCGCAGACGAGUGUGAUUCCUCAGACACUGAAGACACACGCUCAGUGUCCUGAUGUCACACCAGGACAGCUACCAAAGAACAAAAGUGAAUUCCCAGAUGGCGGAGACUUUGAUUCGUUCUGAGAGAAACGCACAUCGUCAAAACAUGUGUCUGGGUACCGGGGAGGGCAGAACCCUGGGUUUUAUAGAAGGAGGGGAUGAAGAGCCUGCUCUUUCUCUCACCGCACCGCCUGCCUGCCUGCCUGCCUGCCUGUGUGCGUGCUAAGAGUUACAGUCAGUGUCAGAAUGGGUAAUAUUAAUAAAUGGGUCUUAAAUACAUCUAAAACCAAAAGCAUUGUAUUUGAUUCAAAGCAUUCUCUUAGACUUAAACCUCAACUUGAGUUGUGCGUAAAGGGUGUAACCAUUGAACAUCGGAUCCUAGGAGUGACAUUGGAUGGUCAGUUAUCAUGGUCAAGUCAUAUGGCCAAAGUUGUAGUGAAGAUGGGGAGAGGUAUAUCUGUUAUAAAAAAGACGUUCUGUGUUUUUGACACAAAGAUCAACUUUGAUUCAGGCUUUGAUCUUGUCCAAUCUUGAUUACUGUCCAGUAAUAUGGUCAAGUGCUGCAAAGAAAGACCUAGCAAAGUUGCAGCUGCUCAAAACAAAACAGCACGCCUUUCCCUUAACUGCACACACAGAACUAACAUCAACAGCAUGCAUAAUAGUCUUUCAUGGUUGAGGAGAAAUGUACUUAUCUUAUAGUCUUUGUAGCCCGUUCCUGCAGUCAAUGGCCUCAUGGGUGGAAUGUUAUUCAUAUUUUUCAUAGUUUCAUAAUUAAUACAGAUUAUACCCCCCCAAAGAAAUCUGGUGUUGAUGUCAAAUGGUUUUGUUAUAUUUCUCUUCUUCUGUGAUGUAUAUCAAGUGUAAUAUUGGGGUGCAAACUCUGUCGUAGUACAGGUGUCUUCUUUUUGUUAAGCCCAUAACCAUGUGUGUGAGGUGCAUACUUUUGUUUCAAAGUAGAUUUGUUUAAUCACUCUGUGUGACCCUGAUUUAGCCCACUACAGUAAAAGGUUAAGAAACAUUUGAGUGUUGAAAAUGCCUAACUACUUGUAUAAUCCAAUUGCAUACACUUCAAACAGACAUGCAUACCCCACCAGACAUGCCACUAUGGGUUUCUUCAUGGUACCCAAACCAAAAACAGAUUUAAUGCAUCACUCAGUUAUCUAUAGCGCCAUGCCAUCGUGGAAUGUUAUGCCACCAGAGGUUACUCAGGAAAAAAGCAAGUUUAGCUUUAAAAAACAGAUACAAUCAUCUUGUGUCACAGCGCCUCUCCUCUUUCUAAAUACCUAAUUUAACUGUACUGUAUACAGUGCAUUUGGAAAGUAUUCAGACCCCUUGUCUUUUUCCACAUUUUGUUACGUUACAGCCUUAUUCUAAAAUUGAUUAAAUAGUUUUUGUUCCUCAGCAAUCUACACAAUACCCCACAAUGACAAUGUGAUAACAGGUUUUUGGAAAUGUUUGCAAAUGUAUUACAAAUAAAAAACAGAAAUAGCUUAAUUACAUAGCUAUUCAGACCCUUUGCUACGAGACUCGAAAUAAAUUGAGCGCAGGUGCAUCCUGUUUCCAUUGAUCAUCCUUAAGAUGUUUCUACAACUUCAUUUGAGUCCACCUGUGGUAAAUUCAAUUGAUUGGACAUGAUUUGGAAAGGCACACACCUGUCUAUAUAAGGUCCAACAGUUGACAGUGCAUGUCAACAAAAGAAACAAGCCAGGAGGUUGAAGGAAUUGUCUGUAGUAUUGAGGCACACUGGGGAAGGGUACCAAAAUGUUUCUGUCACAUUGAAGGUCCGCAUGUACACAGUGGCCUCAAUCAUUCUUAAAUGGAAAACGUUUGGAGCCACCAAGACCCUUCCUAGACCUGGGCAGCUGGCCAAAUUGAGAAAUCGGUGCAGAAGGGCCUUGGUCAGGGAGGUGACCAAGAACCCGAUGGUCACUCUGACAGAGCUCCAGAGUUCCUCUGUGGAGAUGGGAGAACCUUCCAGAAGGACAACCAUCUUUGCAGCACUCCACCGAUCAGGCCUUAGUAGUGGCCAUACGAAAGACAAUCCUCAGUAAAGGGCACAUGACAGCCCACUUGGAGUUUGCCAAAAGACACCUAAAGACUCUCAGACCAUGAUAAGCAAGGUUCUCUGGUCUGAUGAAACCAAGAUUGAAUUAUUUGGCCAGAAUGCCAAGCGUCAGAAUGCUUCAUCCCUACGGUGAAGCAUGGUGGUGACGGCAUCAUGCUGUGGGGAUGUUUUACAGCGGCAGAGACUGGGAGACUAUUCCAAAUACAGGUGUGUCAAGCUUGUAGCGUCAUACCCAAGGAGACUUGAGGCUGUAAUCUCUGCCAAAAGUGCUUCAACAAAGUACUGAGUAAAGGGUCUGAAUACUUUUGUAAAUGUGAUAUUUAAGUUUUUUAUUUUUAAUAAACUAGCAACAAUUUCAACAAAAAAAAGUUUGCUUUGUCAUUAUGGCUUAUUGUGUAGAUUGAUGAGGGAAAAAACGAUUUAAUACAUUUUAGAAUAAGGCUGUAACGUAACAAAUUGGAGUCUGAAUACUUUCUGAAGGCACUGUGUAAGAACAUUAAUAUGUAUACAUGAAUAGUGUGUAACAAGUAUUUUGGAUGUCUCUUGGUGUCUUUACACUAUAUAACUGUCUAUUGUUAAUUUUGAAUUUAAUGUAAUAUCUUGUGGUGUUCUUGCCUAUAACUGUUCUGUACUUUGUCAUGUAUUUGUACAUUUUAUGUGGACCCCAGGAAGAGUAGCUGCUGCAUGUGCAGUAGCUAAUGGGGAUCCUAAUAAACUAAACUAAACAUAUUAA